UUCUGAUUUUUUAAAAAUUAUUACUUUUUUUAUCAGAGCCAUUACCCUGGAAAAUAAUUUUUUAUUUUCAUGAUAGCCUACCACUGAAUUUCCAAUUCUGAUAUUAAUGAAACAUCUCUAUAAAGGGUUGAAGUAUCUUCCCGCAGUAAUUGCCAAGGAACAGAACUGUCAAUUUAUUAAUGAAACAUGACAUGCGUUGAACAAGACAAGCUGGGUCAAGCAUUUGAGGAUGCUUUUGAGGUACUGAGGCAACAUUCAAUUGGCGAUCUUCAGUAUUCGCCAGAUUACAAAAAUUACCUGGCUUUAAUCAACCAUCGUGCUUAUGUCAAAGGAAAUUCCAGCUGCUAUGGAGUGUUGCCUACAGAGGAGCCUGUCUAUAAUUGGAGAACGGUAAUUAACAAUGCUGCGGACUUCUAUUUUGAAGGAAAUAUUCAUCAAUCUCUGCAGAACAUAACUGAAAACCAGCUGAUACAACCCACUAUUCUCCAGCAAAAGCGGGGAAAAGGCAGGAAGAAGCUCCGACUGUUUGAAUACCUUCACGAAUCCCUGUGUAAUCCCGAGAUGGCAUCUUGUAUUCAGUGGGUAGAUAAAACCAAAGGCAUUUUUCAAUUUGUGUCAAAAAACAAAGAAAAACUUGCCGAGCUUUGGGGAAAAAGAAAGGGCAACCGGAAGACCAUGACUUACCAGAAAAUGGCCAGGGCACUGAGAAAUUAUGGAAGAAGUGGGGAAAUUACUAAAAUCCGGAGGAAGUUGACUUACCAGUUCAGUGAGGCCAUUCUCCAAAGACUCUCUCCAUCUUAUUUCUUGGGGAAAGAGAUAUUCUACUCACCAUGUGUUCAACCUGAUCAAGAAUAUCUCAGUUUAAAUAACUGGAAUGCAAAUUAUAAUUAUACAUAUGCCAAUUACCAUGAGCUAAAUUACUAUGAUUGCUAAAUAUACUCUCAUAGUUCAUGGUUUGCUGGCAUUGGAAAUCCCAAGUUUUUUGUUUUUUGUUUUUUUUUUAAUUUUUUAUACCUAUGCUAGUGCAAAUCCCUACAAGUUUUUUCUUUAUUUUUUUUUUUAAAUUUUUUCAUACCCAGUUCCUGCAGA